AUGUUGGCCGGCUUUACGGUCUCAGACUCAUGCUCGGGCAAUGGUGGCGAUAUGACGCCCGACCUGGCGUGUACCUCGUGUGGCUCCGAUUUUGUGGAGGAGCAAGCCGCCGUCGGAGGCGUGGACGGCGAGGCGAUGCCGGCCUCGCUCCGCAACAUGUUCUCGGUCAUUCUCACCGGGCCAGGUGGAUGGUCGUCUUCGGACGACAACGAGGAGGGAAACAACGAGAACGACGAUGGGACUCCGGAUCUUUCAUCGAUCUUUUCACAGCUUGUGCGGUCGCUGCUGGCGGAUCUUGUGUCGAGCAACGAGCAGCUGGCCAUGCAGUCCGGCGGGGUGCCGGGCGGGCGGAGCGGAAAGGCAACCAACCCCGAGGUUGUGGAGCAGCUGCCGAUCAUUGCGGCGAAUAAGGCGGAGCAGGCCUCGCUCUGCCCAGUGUGCCAGGACGAGCUCAAUCCGGAGGUUGGAAGUGGUGGCGGCCGGGCUGGUCCGUCGGACCCAGAGCUGGCCAAAGCCAAUUGCGCCGACGGUGAUGCCAGCGGAAGCCAGGCCACAGCGCCGCAGGCACGGAAGCGAUCCAAGCUCCGAAACUUGUUGACCAAGUGGCGGACUGCACGGGCGCGGAGCAAGGCCGGACGGGCAAAGAAGGCGACCAAGGCCGAGGUGGUGGCGCGCCGCGAGGCGCGGACGGCCAACCCGUUUGACCCGGAUGCGUACGCCGCGACCGACGUCUUUGUCCUGCCGUGCAGCCACCAGUUCCACGCCCAGUGCCUCAUACCGUGGCUAGAGACUAACUCAUCUUGCCCACUCUGCCGCGCCGACCUCAACACCAGGUAA